UAAAGACAGAAACAACCUAGAGUCACACUCUCACCAAUUCCAUACUCCACUCACUAAUUACAUACAACAAAACAAUAAAGACAAAAUGGACCCUUCAAAACAUUGUCACAACUUCAACUUAGCUAUGAUCAAUUCAAUUCCUUCAAAUUGAAAUUAAUCAACAACAACUUCAGUCCAAACAUUGAUUUCCUCUCCCACAUCAAACACACCAAAACCACCCCAUUAUUCUUCCAUUAACCAAGUUUUCUUCUUUCCAUGGGGCUUCAUCUUCUUUCUUCUUCAAUUUCAAAACCCAUCAAGGAUUAAGCUUUUCCUUCUUCCAUUUCUUAAUUCCUCUAAUGUACUUUUUCUAGGGUUCAUGAAUAAAUUUCCCCUGAAUCAGUGGAAGUUCUUCUUUUGUUCUUCUGCUCUUGUCAAUUUCUUUAUUUAACCUGUCUCACUCUACUUUCCAUGUAGGAUCUGCUGAAGUUGACUCUGAAAUCAUCUUAAUUUCUUUGUAUUUUCAUUGCAAAGUGUGAAAUUUUGAUAUAUUAGAGCCUCAAAAGCUUGUUUUUUUUUUUUUUUGUUUGAUUCAAAAUAAAAUUUAUCACUUUUUUUCUUCCUAUCUACUUGGCAAUCAAACCCUAUUCUUGAUUAUUCCAAAAUCCUAAGGAUUAAGAUUGUUGUUACUUGUUACAUGGAAUGGAAUCUAUGUUACAAGAAGAAGGGUCUUCAUCAGUAACUUGUUCACCUCUACAGUUAUUUUCCAUGAUGUCAGUUUCACCUAACAUAGGAGGAAUAGGAUCACCUUAUCCAUGGCUUAGUAGAGAAUUGAAAUCUGAGGAAAGGGGUUUGUAUUUGAUCCAUUUGUUAAUCACUUGUGCAAACCAUGUAGCUUCUGGUAGUCUUGAAAAUGCAAACACAACACUUGAACAGAUUUCUCAGCUUGCAACUCCUGAUGGAGACACUAUGCAGAGAAUUGCUGCAUAUUUCACUGAAGCACUUGCUGAUAGGAUACUCAAAACCUGGCCAGGACUCCAUAGAGCCUUAAAUUCCACAAGAAUUAUUAUGCUUUCUGAAGAAAUUAUGGUUCAGAAAUUUUUCUUUGAGCUUUUCCCUUUUUUGAAGGUAGCAUAUAUUUUGACAAAUCAAGCUAUUGUUGAAUCUAUGGAAGGUGAGAAAAUGGUUCAUAUAAUUGAUCUUAAUGCUGCUGAACCUGCACAAUGGAUUGCUCUUUUACAAGUUUUGAGUGCAAGACCUGAAGGUCCUCCUCAUUUGAGAAUCACAGGGAUUCAUCAACAGAAAGAGGUUUUGGAGCAAAUGGGCCAUAAGCUUUCUGAAGAAGCUGAGAAAUUAGAUAUACCAUUCCAAUUCAACCCUGUUCUUAGCAAGCUAGAAAAUCUUGAUUUUGACAAACUUCGUGUGAAAACCGGCGAGGCGCUUGCUAUUAGUUCUAUUCUGCAGUUACAUUCCCUUUUGGCCUUGGAUGAUGAAUCAUCCUCAAGGAGAAAAACUCCUAUUCUGUCAAGAAACUCAAAUGGACUUCACCUGCAAAAAGCCAUGCUUAUGAACCAAAACACAUCAUUAGGUGAUUUGCUUGAAAAAGAUAUGGUUAAUGGCUAUAGUCCAAGUCCCGAUUCAACAUCAUCGUCGUCGCCAGCAUCUUCAUCUGCUUCAAUGAAUGUGGAGAGUUUUCUCAAUGCUUUAUGGAGUUUGUCACCAAAAGUCAUGGUUGUUACCGAACAGGACUCGAAUCAUAAUGGUUCGACUCUGAUGGAGAGGCUGCUUGAAGCUCUAUAUUCUUAUGCAGCAUUGUUUGAUUGUUUGGAAUCAACUGUGUCAAGAACAUCACUAGAGAGAUUAAAGGUUGAGAAGAUGCUGUUUGGUGAGGAAAUCAAGAACAUAAUUGCUUGUGAAGGAGCUGAAAGAAAGGAAAGACAUGAAAAACUUGAUAAAUGGUUUAUGAGACUUGAUUCGUGUGGAUUCGGUAAUGUGCCUUUAAGCUACUAUGGUAUGUUGCAGGCAAGAAGGUUUCUACAAAGUUAUGGUUGUGAGGGAUAUAGAAUGAGAGAAGAAAAUGGUUGUGUAGUAACUUGCUGGCAGGAUAGGUCUUUGUUUUCAACAACAGCUUGGAGAGCUAGGAAGUAAUUAAGACUAAUUUUCAAGCCAGAAGAAGAAGGGAAUAUUAGAAAGAAGAAAAAUAUGAUAUGAAGUGAAGAAAUGAUGGGUAGAGUUUUGAGAGCUUUAAUUUUUCAUUUUGUUUUUGUUUGUUUGAAUGAAAGAGUUUACCAAUAUGGUAAUGAGUAUUCAUCAUUGUCAAUUUAGAGAUACUUUUAUUUUCCUACUUGACUGCUACUCAUUUUGUUCUUCAUGAACUCCUAUACUCUAACCUGUAUGGUACUUGAAUGUAUAUGAGCUAUUUUUCUCAUUUUACUUGCUCAAUGUAAUCAUUUAUCUUGGAAUGCAAACUAUAUGCAGUCA